UCAUAAGUCAUACCACACGCCCUCCCUCACACAGAACAUUCUACAAGCCAUCGCUCUCUCUCUCCCACACACAAGCUAGAAGCCUAGAACACCUCAAAGCCACAGGCCAGAGCGAGCAAGGAAGGAAGGAAGCAUAUGCAGUACACGCUCCCUCUCCUGAACAUGCAAGGUCCUCCACGGAGCAGCAAGCCGCAGCAGUUGAUGAGGACGGUCUCCAUCUCCAUCCUGGUGAUGUCGCUGCCGGUGCUCUACGUCUCCUACCUCCACGUCCCGCCCGCCGCCCUCUUCAGGGACACCACCUUCUGGUUCCUCAUGUCCAACUCCAUCAUCAUCGUCAUCGCCGCCGACUCCGGCAUGCUCUUCUUCGGCUCGUCCUCCUCGACUGUCGACGACGACAGCGGUCCCCCUUUCGUUGUCUCCGGCGGCGAGCAGGCCGCCGUCAAGAACGGCCUCGCGUCGACGGCUGUCUAUGCCUCUGACGAGGUGGUGCUGCCUGUGGAGGUCGUCAAGAACCAAGCAUCGGUUGUGAGGGAGCAAGGAGACCUGACGGUGAUCGCCGAGAACGACCACGCAUACGCAUUGGUCGUGGGAAACGAUCAAGCAGAACAAGUGGGAAGCAAGCCGGCGGAGAGCAGAGAGAUUAUGUUGAGCCCGUCCACCGACGCCGGCGCAAGGCCAAGGCUGACGGCGAGUAGGAGCCUUGCGAGGGAGGAGAGGACGAGGAGGCGACACAGCCACAGGCCAUCGCACUCGCACGCGCUGGUGCCGGUGCAGGACAAGAGCGUGGUCGUUAGGGAGGAGAAGCAGCUCCGGCGCACGGCGACGGAGGGUCGGCCGACGGCGCCGGAGGAACAGGAGAAGGAGAGCGAGUACUCGAGGCUGUCGGACGAGGAGCUGAACCGGAAGGUGGAGGAGUUCAUCACCAGGUUCAACAGGGAGAUCAAGCUGCAGCUGGAGAAGGAGCAAGCUGCAACAGCUUGAUGCAUCCAUGCAAAUUAAUCAAGCUCUCAUGUUUCAUGUCACGUCCAUGCAGAUGCUUCUAGUUGUUAGGAUCUUAGAGGGGGGGGGGGGGGUUCUUCUUUGUUGUGUGUGUUGUGCUUGCACUAGUAGCUUCUUCUUUGUUGGCUCCUCUUGGUAGUCUUCUGGUGCAGAAGAGUGAGGUGAGAGGGACAUCAAAAUCAAGGCUGAGAUUUGUACAUCAAAACGGGGAGACGGAUCAAGAUCGAGAUCGUGUAGCACAGUAGCAGUUGUGACUUGUGAGGCCAGGCUUUGGAUUUUGCAUGCACGCACGCAUGCAUGGGAAUAAUAAAACAAGAGGCAGAGCAGGAGAGUUGAAUAAGUUUGCUGCUGCCGCCUUGUUAACUGCAAGUGCCCUCUGCGUACGUCCUGCACCAAGAUCGUCUUGUCCUGAACUCCUGAAGAAUUAUCAGAAAGAGGGGGCCCACUGCAAGAACUCCAGAAUUUUCAUCAACCUCCGCGUGUUUGAAUUGUUUUCUGUGAACAAAAUUCGUGUGUUCCUAACAAAGCUUAUGUUACCACUGUAAAAGAGGAAAUGAUAAACAUGGGGAAAAGUUGAAAAUUUUAAAUUU